UGCUUUUCAUCUUUCGAUCACUCUACUUGUGCGCUAUCGGUCUCCGGCCAGUAUUUAGCUUUAGAUGAAAUUUACCACCCAUUUAGAGCUGCAUUCCCAAACAACUCGACUCGUCGAAGGAGCUUCACACGGACGCGGACACCCCGUCCCAGACGGGAUUCUCACCCUCUAUGACGGCCCGUUCCAGGGCACUUAGACGGGGGCCGCACCCGAAGCAUCCUCUGCAAAUUACAACUCGGACCCCGAGGGGGCCAGAUUUCAAAUUUGAGCUCUUGCCGCUUCACUCGCCGUUACUGAGGCAAUCCCGGUUGGUUUCUUUUCCUCCGCUUAUUGAUAUGCUUAAGUUCAGCGGGUAUCCCUACCUGAUCCGAGGUCAACCUGGAAAAAUAAUUGGUUGCUUUUCAGCGUCGGCCAGCGCCGGCCGGGCCUACAAGAGCGGGUGACAAAGCCCCAUACGCUCGAGGACCGGACGCGGUGCCGCCGCUGCCUUUCGGGCCCGUCCCGGGGGGGACGAGGACCCAACACACAAGCCGUGCUUGAGGGCAGAAAUGACGCUCGGACAGGCAUACCCCCCGGAAUACCAGGGGGUGCAAUGUGCGUUCAAAGACUCGAUGAUUCACUGAAUUCUGCAAUUCACAUUAAUUAUCG